AUGAAGAUAAUAAACAUUGUAAUUAUUAGUUUUUGUCUGAUUAAAAUUUGGCUAUGUAAGGCUCACUACCUUGACAUGGCAGAAACUGAAGAAGGUGGAAAUGGGAAAAUACUUGAUACACAAGAAGGGGGUUUCAAUACUCCAUACAAAGGAUAUGAUAAUUAUGAUUUGAACUCUGGAAAAGGAGACUCACUCGUAGAAAAGGGGACUGUGAAGUCGAAUAAUAAUGACAGAAAGCCCAAAGGUAAUCAUAAUAAAAAGUUAAAUGGGAAGGAAAAUUCACCAAAGAAAGGAAAAGAAAAGGUUAUAGAUACUAAGAAAAAAACAAAUAGAAAAAAUAAUGAUGAAAAAAUUAAAAAGAAGAACUCAAAAGACUCAAGAGAGUGUAGGAAAGGAACCAAGUGUAGAAAUAAGUUAAAUGGUGUAUCCGUAAAAAGAGAACAUAAAAAAAGAAAUGAAAAGGGAAGAUUAGUUCCAAUAAAGAGUCACAACUCUUUUAAUGAAGAUUUUAGUCAAGACUAUGAAUCAAAGUCGGAGUCAAGUACCAAAAAGAAAUUAAGCCCAAAAAUCAAGAAUUUUGCCAUUGGUGCAUCAGAUAAAAUUGCUCAGUAUGGUUUACCCAUAGCUACAAAUUUGGCUAAUAAUUUGAUAAACAAUAAGUUGGUUAACGAAGAAGAAGAAGACUCUGAAUCUGACUCAGAUUUAUCCGAUAUACUUGGUGGAAAAGAUGAUGAAGAUGGGGAUGAAGAAAAUGAAAAUGAAACAGAAAAGGAAGAGGAAUUAGAAAGUACCGAACCAGAGGAAGAUGAAGAGAAUGCCGAAGAAAAUGGCGAUUCUGAAGAAGAAUAUGAAGUUGGUGAGCAUGAUGAAAAUGAAGACGAAGAUAAUUCAUCCGAAGAGGAAGAAGAAUCUGAUGAUAAUGAAGAGGUUGAGGAAUCUGAAUAUGCAAAUGACGAACCUGAAGAACAUGAAUCGGAAGAUGAAGAAGGUGGAGAUGAAGAAGAAGAUUAUACCAAGAGGUUUAAAACUCCAUCUGGCUUAGAAUAUCUUGGUGCUGGAUAUGACCUGAUUAAAGGAAAUCCACUCGGAGAUAGCGUAACUCUCUUGGAUCCAGGUUAUAAAUCCAGUGUUAUUCAAAUGCAUUGGAGUAAAAAUAUUGAAAAUAUAUCAAAUAGUUUGAGAUUCUUACAACCCAUUGGUGGUUGGAUUAGACCUUAUUCAUCAUGCCAUAAGGUUGAAACUGUAACUGAAAUAAAAUCCUCCAAGUCUUUACUCAAGUCACUUUCAGCUGAUGCCAGUGUUUCUUUGAGUCUACCUGGUGAUGAUUUUAAGUUUUCUGCAUCAGCCAAGUUCAAAAAACUAGAAGACGCUUCUAAAUCGCGUAAUAGCAAAGUUUAUAUCAACAAAUCAUACUGCUUUAAGUAUGUCGCUGGGAUUUCAACUUCUUUAAAUUGGGACUUAACUCUAGGAUUUCAAUCCUCUCUCAAAAGAUUAUCAACUGAAUUUAAGGGAUUUGAGAAGAAUUCAAUGUGCAGGCCUUACAUUUACAGGGAAGAUCCCAAGAACGAAAAUUGUGAAGAACUUGGUGUUUCAGACUGGAUGGAACUUUUCAAUACUUUCGGUACUCAUGUUGCUACCAAAAUAUACUUGGGUGGUAAGAUUUUCACUACUUUGGAAGUGAAGAAAAAUCAAGAAAAAAAAUUAAGUGAUCAGGGUUUGGAUGUAAAAGCAAUAUUGUCAGCCAAGAUUAAAGACAUUGGUAUAGACUCGAAUGUCGAAGUUUCAACUAUAAAGUCUAAAAAUUCACUAGACCACUUGUUGGAUACGAAAAAAUCGACUUUUGUUCUUGGAGGUGAUAUUUAUGGUCAUGGUAAAACCAUUGAAUUUGGGGAGUGGGCAAGAUCCGUUGCUGAUCAUUCAAUGCCGAUUAAGGCAGAGUUUACUCCAAUUUCUCACUUUAUAGACAAAAAACUCAGUGAAACUUACAAUAAAGCUUAUUUAUAUUACGCUGAUGUUGUUCUUGAGAGCGAUUUUUUGAGGUAUGAGUCCCAAGUAGAACUGACUCCUGAGGAACUGAUUGAUGAUGUUGAAAUUGAGCAUAAUCAAGGUUCUGGUGAUGUAAAAGUUAGUUGUAAAGAUGGAAAAUCAAUCCAAUUUGGAUUUAUGAUAUUAUCUUUAAAGGACAAUACUUAUGAAGUUAGGGAGUGCCCAAUUCAUGCAACAGAAUGUUCAUCUGGUUCAGAUGAAAAAAUUGGUUAUUCUAGCUUGUGGAUAGCAUGUAGAGUUCAGAAUAUAGUAAAUUUGAGGCAAAUUUUAACCACUGAUAAGAAACCCUCAUGUGAGAAUGGGUUUCAUAUUUUCCUUGGGUCAUAUUUCUUUGAAAGCAAAUCGAAAUAUCUUCUUAUGAAGCCCUGCAAACUCGGUUUGUUCCAUACUAAACUUAUGUUUAGGUGA